AUGUUUACUCUUUACGGAGACAUAUCAACCCCUCUCCACUCCAUAAUAAACCUAGCAGACGAGCUCCGAAGUUCACAGGACAGCACUCUCAAAAACCUCUCUUCCUCACUCUCCACCAGGCAACUCCUGCGCAUCGCCAGUCGAAUGGCCAAGUACCCUACAGAAUCCGCCUACGAAACCGUUCAGCGAACGUUCUUGGCUAAGUUCCUGCCAAACUUAGCCAGAAAGGCACUAGAUAGCGCCAGCGUAAGAAUCGGAAUCGAGCCUUCAGCUCGUUUCGGCAUCUUUUCCAGUAAUCCCAAGGAGAAAAAAGUUCAAUGCUCAGUCAAAAAUGGCGUCCUUACCAUUGGUGACACAAAGACAGAAAUCUUCAAAACGGACGCCUUAACGAAAGUACCUGAUAUCUUAUUCUACGAUGUGCCUCAACACGUUAAACUGCUAGAGUGGUUGUUACAAGACUUUUUGCUCGGAAACCAUUUAUUGUUAGUAGGAAAUCAAGGAGUCGGUAAGAACAAAAUCGCUGAUCGAUUACUCCAGCUCUUAAACCGACCGAGGGAAUACAUCCAGUUGCAUAGAGACACUACAGUGCAGAGUUUGACAGUUCAGCCAACUGUCAAAGAUGGUAUAGUGGUUUAUGAAGAUUCACCACUAGUGAAAGCUGUCAAAAAUGGUCAUGUAUUAGUUGUUGAUGAAGCCGAUAAGGCUCCUACGCAUGUGACUUGUAUAUUGAAGACUUUAGUGGAAAAUGGGGAGAUGAUUCUCAGUGAUGGGAGGAGGAUAGUGCCAAAGCAUAUGAUUGAAACCUCUGGGGGCGACGUGAAGAGUUUCAUUCCGGUGCACGAUGACUUCAAGAUGAUCGUGUUGGCCAAUCGGCCUGGCUUCCCGUUCUUGGGAAACGACUUCUUUGCUGCUCUGGGUGACCUAUUCUCCUGCCACGCCGUAGACAAUCCCUCAAUAGAUUCAGAGAUGGAACUGCUCCAAUCCUACGGGCCUGACGUACCGCACGACGUGAUGAAGAAGCUAGUACAGGCUUUCGCAGUCUUGAGAGAGAAGGCGGAUCAGGGACAGCUGACGUACCCGUACUCAACGAGAGAGCUAGUCAAUAUUAUCAAGCAUUUGCAGAAAUACCCAGGAGAGGACCUAGCAACAGCCAUAAGCAACGUGUUCGACUUCGACCGCUAUAGCAAAGACAUGGCGGACACACUAUUAGAAGUGUUGCAUUCAAGUGGGCUGCCGGUAGAGGGCGUAUUAGAAGGCCGCUCUAAAGAGGCUCUUAAAAAGCUACAGAUGACCAUAGAGAGGACUAGCGGUAAAGACGUGUCCUCACCAAAGCACGGUAAAGAGGACCCAAAGAACGAACCACACGUGGGCGGGAAUACUUGGGCGGGCGGCACGGGCGGGCGGGACACGGCCGGGCUGGGCGGCAAGGGCGGGCCCUACAGGCUAGACAAGGGACAUGAUGUGCAUCAGCUAUCCGAUGCGGAAAAAGACGACAUUCCCGAGCAUGUGAAAAAAGCUGCGCGUGAGAUGAACAGGAAAGCCUUCGAGGAGCGACUGAAGGAGAUCAAGAUGAGCGAAUACGACGCAAAGCUCUAUGAGCAAUUCCUUAGAGCUGUACAGCCACAGAUUGGUGCGCUGAGAGGUGUGUUAGCAGAACUGCAAGCUAAGAAAAAGGAACGACAAUGGACUCGACACCAAACCAGUGGAGAACUAGAUGAUGCUAAAAUAAUUGAAGGUCUUACAGGCGAAAGAUCGAUAUACCGAAGGCGAAUGGAGCAAGAGCCGCCGCCGGGCGCUCCGCCCGACAAGCCCAAGCGACUCAGACUGGUGGUGGAUGUGUCUGGCAGUAUGUACAGGUUCAACAGCUACGACGGUCGUCUAGAACGUUCGAUGGAGGCAGUUGUACUGCUAACAGAAGCUCUCCGAGGAUACGAGGCGCGCAUCCGCUACGAUAUGUAUGCGCAUUCCGGCGAGGACCAUGCGUUGGAGUUAGUCCGCGUCGACCGCCCGCCGGAAAAUGAAAAACAACGCUUGCAGAUAAUCCGCACGAUGCACGCGCAUUCUCAGUUCUGUUGGUCGGGCGACAACACGCUCCCGGGCGCCAAGCACGCGAUAUCGACUCUAGCGAAAGAAGACGCAGAUGAAUCUAUAGUUCUGAUACUAUCCGACGCAAAUCUAAGGAGGUACGGUAUACAGCCAGAAGAACUGGGCACAAUUUUGACGUCAGAGUCAAAGGUGCAAGCGCACGUCAUCUUCAUCGGCAGUCUUGGCGACGAAGCUUCCAUGUUACUUCGUCGCCUGCCAGCGGGACACGCCCACGUAUGUAUGGACACAGCCAACUUACCUCACAUCAUGCAGCAAAUCUUCGCUUCUUCCUUACUACAGAACGCCGACAGCUAGCCUCGACCAGUUCACACGACCUCCUUUAAUUUACCAGAAGCAAAUAGAGGAUUUAGCCAGGCCUGUUCAUCUCCGCGAGUUUGCAUCUAAAACAAAACACGCGCGACUACACCUCCUGGGAUAUUUAAUCGACAGGACACUCAAGAGCGAGCAUUGACGUUAAGCAAAAAUGAAACUGUGCCUAUACGUUUUAUUGUUGCUGUUGGUAUUCCGAAUAAAUU